AUGGCAGACCAAGCAGUUGCUGAUUUCGGCCUCAUCGGCCUGGCUGUGAUGGGCCAGAAUCUCAUCAUGAACGUGGCAGACCAUGGAUUCACCGUUGUUGCGUUCAACCGUACGGUCGAAAAGGUCGACAGGUUUCUCGCCAACGAGGCCAAGGAGACUGAUGUGUACUAUGGAACAGGCAAAUCUAUCGUUGGAGCCCACUCAGUCCAGGAAUUCUGCUCCAAGCUGAAGAAACCCCGUCGUAUCAUGCUGUUGGUCAUGGCCGGGAAGCCGGUUGACGAUUUCAUCGAGAGUCUCCUCCCCUUCGUCGAAAAGGGUGACAUCAUCAUCGACGGAGGCAACUCUCACUACCCAGACUCGAACCGUCGAACCAAGUAUCUGGCAGAGAAGGGCAUUCGAUUCGUUGGCACUGGUGUCUCUGGGGGUGAAGAAGGUGCUCGCUACGGCCCCAGUCUGAUGCCAGGUGGUAACGAGGAGGCCUGGCCCUUCAUCAAGGACAUCUUCCAGAGCAUUGCGGCCAAGAGUGAUGGUGAGGCCUGCUGCGACUGGGUCGGUGAUGAGGGUGCCGGACACUACGUUAAGAUGGUACACAACGGUAUCGAGUACGGAGACAUGCAAUUGAUCACCGAGGCAUAUGAUAUCCUUAAGCGGGGUCUAGGAAUGACCCCUGCUGAGAUCGGUGAUGUCUUUGAGAAAUGGAACAACGGAGUUCUUGAUUCCUUCUUGGUCGAGAUAACCAGAGAUAUCCUCCGCCACAAGGAUGACGACGGCACUGCCCUGCUUGAAAAGAUCCUUGACGCCGCCGGCCAAAAGGGAACUGGCAAAUGGACUGCCAUCAAUGCUCUCGACCUCGGCAUGCCGGUCACCCUCAUAGGAGAGGCCGUCUUUGGCAGAUGCCUUAGCUCGCUCAAGGAUGAGCGUAUCCGUGCCAGUAAGGUGCUGAAGGGCCCCGAGCCAGACUUCAAAGGUGACAGACAGGAGUUCAUCAACAACCUCGAGCAGGCUCUCUAUGCCUCCAAGAUCAUCUCCUAUGCCCAGGGAUUCAUGUUAAUCCAGGAGGCCGGCAAAAAAUACGAGUGGAAGCUGAACAAGCCAUCCAUUGCCCUGAUGUGGCGAGGCGGCUGCAUCAUCCGCUCCGUCUUCCUCAAGGACAUCACUAACGCCUACCGCACCAACCCCGACCUCGAGAACCUGCUGUUCGACGACUUCUUCAACAAGGCCAUCCAUAACGCGCAGGCCGGCUGGCGUGACGUGGUCUCCAAAUCCGCACUCUGGGGCAUCCCUACCCCUGCCUUCAGCACGGCACUGAGCUUCUACGACGGCUACAGAUCGCGUGACCUGCCGGCCAAUCUGCUACAGGCUCAGCGAGACUACUUUGGCGCCCACACGUUCCGGAUCAAGCCCGAGUAUGCAAGUGAGAAGUACCCUGAGGGCGAGAACAUCCACGUCAACUGGACGGGGAGGGGGGGCAAUGUCUCCGCCUCAACUUACCAAGCAUAA